AUGGUGGUGAUGGAGGUCACGUCUCACAUCACGUCGGGGUCACCAAUGUGGGAUAUGAUGCUCAACCACAAUAAGGAAGCUAGAUCCCCCCUAGACAAAACGCACUUUUUGAUCGAAUCGAAAAUCGAAUCCGUCAAAACUCCAUACAAAAAAGGGGCUUUUCGACCACUUUUCGACUGGUUUGCGAUUAUAUUAAGCACUUUGUCUAGACCCACUGGGGAGAAUCGAGUAAAGGAGGUCCAAAGUAAUAAAUUUGAUAAAAUUGUGAUAUCUAUUGUUGUGUGUGACAGUAGAUUUAAUGAGUCAUUAAAUGUUAUUAAAUCUGCUCUGCUCUUUACAAAGACUCCACUGUACUUCGUUAUAUUUACUGAUGAUAAUUUAAGACCAAAGUUUGAUGAAAUAUUACACAAAUGGAAAACACACACAAGAAACCAAUUGGAUUUUGAAUUACAAAGAAUAUAUUUCCCUGAAGCUCACAAAGAAGAUUGGUUAAACUUGUUCAGUAAAUGCGCAGCUCAACGCCUCUUUAUUCCAAAAUUGCUUACUCACAUAGAUGCGAUGAUCUAUGUAGACACAGAUACACUUUUUUUGGGGCCUGCUGAUGAGAUCUGGCAUUUCUUCUCUCAGUUCAAUAGUUCACAGAUAUCUGCAAUGACACUUGAAGAUGAUAAUCCCAAUAUAUCUUGGUAUCCUCGUUUCGCAAAACAUCCUUUUUAUGGGAAAUAUGGUCUAAAUUCAGGAUUAAUGCUGAUGAAUUUGACCAGAAUGAGAACUUUUGGUUGGGUGGAUUAUGUGACCCCAAUCAUGCUUAAAUGGAAACUGUACAUACCAUGGGGAGAUCAGGAUAUAAUAAAUAUCAUAUUCCACUAUCACGAGAGCGCGGUGCUGGUGCUGCCGUGCCGCUUCAACUACCGCGCCGACCAGUGCAUGUACGGCGACGCGUGCGCCGGCGCGGCGGCGCGCGGCGUGCUGCUGCUGCACGGCAGCCGCGGCGUCUUCCACAACCAGAAACAGCCCGCGUUUCAAGCGAUAUACAAAGCGAUAGACGAACAUGAAGUUGGAACAGAUCCAUCGAAUAAUUUGCUGAAUAACAUGGAAAAAUACUUAUCAGAAGCUUCACCAUCCAACUGUGGAAACUUGAAGGAUGCUUUUCUAAGAAUACCUAUAAAGACAAUAAGUGAUUUAUAUGACGCCCCCGAAAGGUAGCCCCAUGGGUGAAGUAGGAAUUAUUGAAGUUUACUUGAAAAUAUAAUAAUGUAAGUAUUUUAAUGUUACCAGUAUACAAAACUUGAAAAUAUGGUGCUUCUAAGAAUCUCCUUAAAUAAUUUUAAGCAUAAGGAUAUUAUUACUAUUUACUAUAAUGUACAUUUAUAUUUAUAAGAUUGUAGUUGCAAAAGAAGCAAAUGAAUGUGUGAUGUGAAUGCAUGAGCGAAUUUUUUGCUACUACGACAACUCAUAUUUCAGCAUGAUUAUAGACAUGACACCGUAAUAGAAAUGUUUUGCAUUAUAAAUAAAAAUAUAUUUAAAUUCCUCUAUAAUGAACACAGAGGUAUAAAGGAAGAAAGCUACUUGUGGAUUGACGGUUUUUUGAUUGUCAGGGCUAAUCUCCAUCCGAUAAGGGAGUCCCAAAACCCGCCUCCUCACCUGGGGCGCAAAGUAUUUUUCAUAGGAAAAAAAACUGUAUUGAUGUGGAUAUCGCCGCUGUGAAGUUUUUCCGAGAAGAUAACAAGGGUUUUCUGUUAAUGGUUUUUCUAUUUGUUUUUAUCUGUUAAUUCGCUCUUAGCAGUGGUCGUGGUCACGUUAAGGCAUCUACAAUACAAGUAAUUCUAAUCUCUGCUUCUGCGUCGAUGGUAGAGGCGCACACAGUCAGUCAGCUCACCGCACGCGGAGUGCGGAUCUCACUAGUGCGGAUUUCACUAAUUUGUCAGUCCAGCGCAUAGGUGACCUGUAGGCCUAGUAGGGGCGCCGCGAAAAGCGGUUAUCACGUCAUUUUAUCGAUUUUGCCUAUACAUUUUGACGUCGAUAAGACUAUAUCACGGCGCGCAACCUUUUUUUUUUUUUCUUCAACUUUUCCCUACGCAGCUCCUAUAAUUUGGGAUCUAAUCAAAUCUUUAGGAGAGAUUUAGAAAAUGAAAUUGAACAUAGGCGUAAAUCCACAGGCUUUCUUCCCUUAGUAAACAGCUAUGUGAUUUUUGACUGACCAUAAUAUACACACUAAAUUAAAAAGAAUUCGAUUCUACUAUUCAUGUCGCUACACCCUAAUUUUUAGAAUUAAUAAAUUUAUGUGAUGUGUAAUCUCUGGAAUGAUCUGUCAAGUUACGCUCAAUUUCUUCUUGCUACUACUCUUGGUUACUUUCGUCUAGGAUCGUAUCGAUCGAUCUCAAAGCGGAAGGUAAAAUGCGCUCGUAGUAAUUCUUAAUCUAGUAAAAGAUUUAAAAAACUCCAUUAAUUCCUGCGCAAUUGGAAAUCUUUGCAUUACAAUAAUACGAGUAACGUAGGUUAAUGAUUCCAUUUAUCGGUUUGAGGAACAUAAAAAUCCCAUGCCAAAAACUUGUUAUUAAGAAAAUGGCCUUAACAGACAUCAACAGACUUUAAUUAAAUUGAAUAAUACAUAAUGUAAUAUAACAUUAGUAUAAAAUUUAGUGGCCAUCUUUAUGUAUUAACAUUGAAUCUGUUAAAAACAAGUCAGUAUUAAAAUUGCAUUAUUACUUAAUAUAUUCCCAGCCUUGUCGGCAACAUUUCAGUAUCCGGUAUUUUAUCUCAACAAGGGCACAUCGCUAGGUUGACUACAGAAAUGAUAUCGUAUGAAUUAUUUCUGGAAGUUUUUUCAUACGUUACAUUGGUUAAUACUCUUUUGUUAAUACAUUUUACAAAACAUAAUCAUCACAAAAAUCUCCAACAUUUAAAUUCCCAAAAUAAAAUUCAAAAUAAUGCUAUGAAAUAUUUAUCCCUAUGUUAAUAAAUAAUGACAUACUGUUAUUUUUAAUGAAAAAUAACUGUUUAUUACUACGCGAAAAGUUUAUCUAAAUAAAUAUGUGUUUUUUACUUUACAAUAGGCAACUUGAAAGUAUUUAUUUGCCUUUCGUGAUCGGGUAGGCCGUAGGCGUUGAACGCCCAGUAUCUAGGUAUUUUAUUUAAAUAAAAAUAUGUUAAAUAAUAAAUUAUAAGACAUUCGCACUAUGUAGAUUAAGUAAGUAACAAUUAAGUAUUGCUAUCUGCCUCAUUUAUUAUUAGCAUUUCCAUUAUUAAAUAAAUAUUGUUAUUUUUUUACAUAAUUUUCUGAGAUACAUAUUAAAUGUUUUGGAAAAAAAUUUUUCUUAUUCUAUACUAAUAACGCAUCAAACUAGUUCUUAGGUUUUUAGCUUUAGGUUAAGUAUUCGCAUGGUACCUAUUCGUAAAAGCUACCGGGGAUGCAUCCACAUCCCAUUUUUAUUAUUUAUGUAAUAAUGACCCUACCGAAUAGAAUGGAAAUUUUAACUUGUGCAAUACAAAAAUUACAAAAAGUCAUAGAUUAAUAAAGCCUUUAUUAUUAAGCAAAAAGUAUAAAAAAUAAGAAUAAAUUAGCAACUGUAUUAUUCUUUAUUUCACAGACUGGGUUUGCAUGCCUUUAAAAAAUUAUUACCAUACCUUCCA